AUGAUGGUCAUCUCAACCGCCGAGCAGCUACUGCGGCACCUGCAAUUCGCCGCCUCUGUAAUCACUCUGCUCUUCACUUUUGUCUCUUUUCUUGUUAAUCAUGGAUCCUCUACAACUGGAAAGACGUCCGGUCCGCGUAAAUCUGCUGUCGUUGUCGGUUCAAUCGGGUGCAUGUUCGCAUAUCAUCUCGUUCAAGUCAUCACUGUUUUCCGAGGGGGCCAUGAGCUUGUACAAAUACAGGACCGCCUUAUGACUACGAUCAUCCUGUCCUUAGCAUGGGGCUCGCUUUGCGCACGCAGACACUCUUGGUUACCAGAAUUAACCGGCAUCUGUGUUAUUUCACUCGUCUCCGGGGUUCCGGUCUUGGUCGUGGAUACAAUAUAUAGAGCCCGCUCCUCCACAUACAAAGUCCUACUUGUUGCGGAAUACUUUACACUAGCUCAUGCGACUUUCUUGCUAGCGUACUGUUUGAUCAUUUAUGUGCGCUUGCGGAUGACGAGGGCGAGGCUAGCCGAGGAGGAAACGAGGUCCGGCCCCAGCGACUCAGACAGUCUUAUAACGUCCGGGCGAUACCACGACCAUUGCAGCAACCAGGACUCAGACUCGGAAUCAGAUGCAGACAGCUCUGAUGAGGGAGAUGAAGAAGAUGCUGACACUCGGACCGGGGAGCUUCGCAAGUCAGGUCAUUGGAUAGACUACCUCUCGAACUUCAAGGUCUUCCUACCGUUCCUCAUCCCGCGAAAGGAUAUCAAGGUUCAGUUGUGCUUUCUAGUCUGCGUACUAUGCUUGAUUACCGACCGUGUGUUGAAUGUGGUGGUGCCCACUCAGCUGGGUAGCAUCGCGAACAAGCUUUUCACACAAGAGCUUGCUCUUUCAGAUCUCGGGAUAUACUUUGCUUUAAACAUCCUCCACGGGCAGUCAGGGUUGGAGAUGCUCAUGUCGCUGGCUAAGAUCCCCAUCCAGCAGUUCUCUUACAGACAGCUCACCAACGCCGCCUUCAGCCACGUCAUGGACCUCACGAUGGAAUUCCACUCUGAGCGAGACUCUGCCGAGGUCAUGAAGUCUAUCGAGCAAGGUGCCGCGCUCACGAAUGUCCUGGAAACCGGCUUCCUAGAGAUAGCUCCAGCGGUGAUUGACCUGUUCGUUGCAUUUGUCCUUCUUUACGUCAAAUUCAACUCACUCGCGGCAUUGUGCAUGCUUAUUGCAACGCUGACAUUUCUGUCACUGGAAGUCGCCGCAUCCCGCUGGAAUGUCGACAAUCGCCGGCAGCUGACGAAGGCUGAACGAGGCGAGGCGCGUGUGAUGCAUUAA